AUGUCUCAAAACAAAGGUACUAAUAGCCAAGGCAACAGCUACAGUCACAUGGGUGACUCUCCUUCAGAUCGUGGAGGAAAUUACCGUUAUUCUAACAAUGAUGGUUCUUAUUUCUACCAAAACUCAAAUGGUUCUAGAUACUAUAACGAUGGAACUGGUAGUGGUGGAUACUACAAAGGAUCUGACUCUUCAAGCUACAGCUACAGAAAGUAG